AUGGCGGACAUGCGUCGAAAGAAAGUGGCAAUCAUUGGAGCUGGAGCCGCAGGCAUGUCCUGCUCUUCGACACUGGCAAAUCAUCCAGACCGGUUUGAAGUGACUGUGUUUGAUACGGCAUCUCAUACUGGUGGCCAGGCGACUUCGAUUCCCUUAGAUGAAUCUAGACACGGUGCAAGUUGGUUAAAUGAUGGCGUGCAAGGAGGCUCCGCCAUAUUUCGUCACACAUUUCGUUAUUUUCGCGAGUAUGGACAUGAGCCACAGCCAGUCAAACUUCAAGUCUCUUUCGGCAGAGGCCGAGAUAGUUUCUGGACCAAUGUGUUCCCCAGCCCCUUGGUUGAUCAACAUUCUCGUGAAAUCAAAAAAUUGGGCCGCAUGUUGAAAUACAUCAAGUACUUGCCGAUUCUAGGAGUAAUGCCAAUAAAGGUCGUCCUACGCCUCUUUGGGUUCAGUCGCGAAUUCAGCAACCAAAUGGUCUUGCCACUCCUAGCUUUAUUCCUCGGGACUGGAAACCAGACACCUAACGUAUCAAGCAUUUUGCUAGAGCGGCUAUUUGAUGAUCCACAGAUGAGUCUGUGGGAUUAUGAUCCAGACACUUUACUACCGAAUUUACCAAUCAUGUAUACAUUCCCGAAUUUGGGGGAGUUCUACAAGGACUGGACAGCCGACCUUCAGUCCAAAGGGGUCACUUUCAGACUCGGUUCUUCUAUGACAAUAACAGAGCGCAAUCAAAAUGGCGUUGUGCUGGAGAGCCAUACCCUAGAAAAUCCCUCGACAGAGCCAGUGAAAACCACUUAUGAUGAAUUAAUUCUCUGUUGCCCCGCCGAUGAAGCCAAGCAUCUGCUCGGUAGACAUGCAACCUGGCGAGAGAAAUGGGUUCUAGGCGGCGUCAAAUUCUUCAGCGAUGUGACUAUCACACACUCCGACUCUGAAUACUUCCAAAGUAUCUUUCAGGCUCAGUACGAUCCCGAAUUGUGUGCAAAGCCAUCAACCACAGAGCGCAAGGACCAAAUUGCAUUUGCUCAACAGCAGCCGAUUUGCCAAAAGGACGGAUGGCUCGGUUAUCGACCAAUGUACUAUACGCAUUCAUUUUCAUCAGAUCCAAACAAGAUAGAAAUGGGUUUUGACUGUACAAAUUAUCAGCAUCAAUUUCGCGAUAAUUUGGGUGUGGGCCAGCAGUCUACACCACUGACCGGGCAUGUCUUCCAGACUAUAUUUUUGAAUGACCAGCAGAAACACCUCUGGACUUGGAACGAUAUUGAUCCAUCAAAAAUUAUCGGGAAAAAGUGGUGGCACCAAUUUGGUCAUAGAUGGCAGCAUUAUCUGCGCGUUGUUCCAGGAAUGAUGUUUAUAAACGGACGGAAUCGAACCCAUUUUGCGGGAAGCUGGACUAUGGUGAACAUGCAUGAGAUUGCAUGUAUCUCUGGAAUUGCAGCUGCAUACAAGUUGGGUGCAGAUUAUGAAGUAUUCGAUGAGUUUGCAGAAGACUUUUUUGCAAAGUACUUGCUGGUCUGUCAUGGCACGAGAUAUAAUAAAGAAAAGCGGAAGCGAACUUGA